UGCGCGCUGGUAGUGAUACACAGCGAUCUUUUGUACGCGCUCCACUAGAGCAAUGGACUCAUACUAAAGGUUUUAUUGCAAGCUGUUAGCACGACAAACACACCUACCACUCUCAGAGGAUACAGAGCUUUGAGCUUGUCAGAAAGCUUCAGCCAGCCAGGCCCAAGGAUGGAGUCCCUCCCUGAAGCAGUCCUCAUCAGAAUCCUGGCUUCCAUACCUGCGGUGGAUUUGGUGCUGGCGUGCCGCCUGGUCUGCUGCCAGUGGAAGAACCUGAUCGAAGGGGCUGCGCUUUGGAUCCUGAAGUGUCAGCAGAAAGGGCUCACUGGAGCAGAGUCACAGGAUAGUGCAGAGAACUGGCAAAACUUCUACUUCCUGAGUAAGAAAAAGAAGAAUCUCAUCAAGAACCCAUGUGGUGAAGAAGACUUGCAGCACUGGGGAGAGGUAGAGAAUGGAGGUGAUGGCUGGAAAAUUGAAGAGCUCCCUGGGGACUUUGGAAAAGAAUUCCCUAGUGAAGAAGUCCAUAAAUACUUUGUUACAUCUUAUGAGUGGUGCCGAAAGGCUCAGGUCAUUGACCUCAGGGCUGAGGGCUACUGGGAAGAGCUGAUGGAUACAACCCAGCCCAAAGUUGUGGUAAAAGACUGGUAUGCAGGACGCAGUGAUGCCGGCUGCCUCUAUGAGCUCUGUGUGAAGCUGCUCUCAGAGAAUGAGGAUGUUCUGGCUGAGUACAGAAGUGAGACUAUUGCCAUCCCACAGGACAAUGACGCCAACUGGACUGAGAUCUCCCACACCUUUUCCAACUAUGGGCCUGGGGUCCGCUUUGUCCGCUUUGAACACGGUGGCCAGGACACGCUAUUCUGGAAGGGAUGGUAUGGUGUACGUGUUACCAACAGCAGCGUGACAGUGGAGCCGUAGCUGUGUUGAACUGGGGCCUGCAUGCUGCAGCUGACUUCCCUCAGGGCAUCCCAUGGCCUUUGGAUGGUUACUGCAUGGUGCUGCUUCUGGGCUGUAAAGCAUACAACCUUUCUGUGUAUGAAUGCGCGUGCAAGAUGCCAGGGGCCACCAUCCAUCUUUCCUCAAGGGGACUAUGCAAAGAAUGCAAAUAGAUUUGUGAAUGCACCACAUUAGACUCAGCCUCACCACUUGCACUGAUGACUCUGUCAGACAUGAGAUCACCUAAAAUCCUGCAGACCUUACUUCUCGCCUAAGCCACUAACCCCUAGCACCUGGCCCAAUCUAGACACCUCUCCUGCCUGCUUCCCAGACUUGAGCACUCCUCAGCUACAAGCAGUACCUUGGGCAUAUUUUCUGGAAUAGAAAGCGGGAAAAAAGGAAGAAAGAAAAGCAUAGACCUUAUGUCUGAGAACAUACCAGGGAAACCCAGAGCCCCGUCACAUCUCUGUCACCAACUGCUUCCAUGACUUGCAGUAAGAACCUUAGCUUCUCCCAUUUAUGAACAAUAGAUGUCAUUGCUUGCCUCACAGGAGCUCUAGUUUGGCUGCCAAGUGCUUCAUUUUUAGUGAUGAUAAUGCAAAGCAACAGGGAUUGGAUCCUUUUCUCUUACACUGAUCCCAACAUCCAUUUAUUGAGGAAAGUGUCAGGA